CACACACACACACACACACACACACACACACACAGAUACGCCAUAAGCGCGAUCAGACGUCCUCAUCAACAACUCAUUUCAGGUGAAAACCUCCUACAAUGGAGACCAGCAAGAUCCUCUCGUCUGAUAAAGCUACAGUGGUCAUCCAGGUGAAUCCACAGGUGACUCAGCAUAUUGUGAGCGGAGAUGAUGGACAGGAGAGCCGAGGAGCACACCGCAGUACGGCUCUGACUGGGUUCUCCAAAGCACAACCGAAGGCACUGGGGACUGUCCAGAUAAUGAUUGGAGUGGUGGUUUUUUCAUUGGGUAUCAUACAAACCAUUACCUACCGUCACUCACGUAUCUCUGUCUGGAGUGGCAUCACCUACUGGGGAUCCCUUAUUUUCAUCAGUGCUGGAUCUCUGUCUGUUGCUGCACAGAAUAAACUUCAUCUGUGUGUGGUGAAAGCCUCUCUUAUAAUGAAUGUGAUCAGUGCCAUAACUGCAGCGACCGCCGUUGCUCUGAUGUCCAUAGAGAUGGCAAUUAAGAUUUACGAUCUAAGGUGGCGCUAUGGCAGUAAUUCUUAUUACUAUUAUUUGAAGAGUUAUAAUGACUAA